AUGGAAAACUUAGCGUUUGAGAUGCGUGAAAAUGCCUUGCCUUCUAUUGAAUCUAGAAGAAAAGUGAACAUCUCUUCUGGGCUGGAAAAGAAGAGCCAGUGGUCUUUAAUGAGGAUCUUCUUGAUUUGUCUUCUGGCCUGUGUUAUUACCACAUCGAUAGGUGUGCUGAUACUCUCCUUGGUUUAUGUUUCCAACUUCCGGACACAUACAAAUAUUCAUUUCCAGCCUGAAAUACCAGAGACUCCGUCUGAUCCAAAGGGUGAAAAUCCUGUUGACUUAAAAUUCCAAUUUCUUAACCGUCUGCAUAAAUCCAAGGUUUUUGAGUUCCCAGGGGGUGCUAUUCAAUGGGCACGAUAUCGGAAUAAUCUCAGGGACUACCUCAGUGUUGAAGAAGAAGCCUUUGGCACCAGCCUGAACACAAAGCAGUCACACAUGACUUUUGGAACUCUGAGAAUUAAAAGUAAUGGCCUCCGUGCCCCCCACUGGCACUUCAACGCCAAUGAACAUGGCUACCUUGCACAGGGAACUGCCUGGAUUGGUGUAGUUGAUGCAGGAGGCAGUGUGGUCACCACCUACAAUGUCACUGCUGGCCAGGUGAUCUUCUUCCCUAGAAACAUCCUGCACUGGAUAAAGAAUGUGGGAACUGAGGACUGCCUUUUCUUGCUCUUCUUCACCACACAUGAUGAGCUUCAGACCCUGGAUGUUGAUGAUGUGUUUUUCUCUACACCAGAGGACAUUGCAUCCAGAUCUCUCAAGCCUCAAGGUGGAGUUAAUUUUGUUAGAACAUUCAAAAAACAAACAGAGGAUCAGGCUGUCAAUCUCCCUCUCAAUUUGGCUGAGCUGGUUAUGAAUGCCAGCUACAUACAGUCUCCAGACAACUUAGUAUGGCGAUACUUUUAUGAUCUUAAAGGUUCAAAGGAAUUUCGAUUUCCAGGAGGAAUAAUUCAAUGGGCUCGAUAUAAAAAAAAUGGAAAUGGACUAAGUGACAAUGAGAAGAUUUUCAGUGAAUCCUUGAAUCAGAAUGAAAAUUCCCUUACUCUGGGAACUCUCAGAAUUUACACCAAUGGCUUAAGACAGCCUCAUUUUCAUUUUAAUGCUAAUGAAAUGGGAUAUGUCAUCAGUGGAUGUGGACAGGUGGGAAUCAUUAGUAGCCACGGUACUACUGAUUUUAACAUUGGUAUUGGAGAUGUAGUAUUUUUCCCAAUUGGGACCCAGCAUUACAUCAAGAGUACAUGUGAUGAGGAUCUGCUUUUCAUUCUUGCCUUCACCACUGGAAAUGAGCUACAAACCCUGGACCUGGAUGACUACAUCCAUGCGACAGCUGACCACAUCCUGGCCCAGCUUUUCCUCAAGAAGCAGAGUGAGUUUAAGAAGAUCCCAAAAUUCCCUGAAGAUCAAGCCAUCAAUUUGCCUUAGCCUGACUCAUGACUCGGCAUCUAAUUUUCUUCUCCACUCCCCUUUCCUGAGAGACAUUUGGUUUCAGUUACAGUAUUUCAAGUACAAAGUCAUUUCAUCUUUUCAAAUAACUAUGAAGUUAGUUCAAUGAAAGUGGAUUUAUUUGAAUUUCAAUUUAAAAACAAAUUAUUUGACUCCAUCUCUAAUGUUCAUGCACAAAGAAAAAUCUCUGAAAACGGUGUGAAUAUUAUUAAGAUGUAUGUAGGAAGAGAUUGAUCACUUAAAUAGAAAUAUUUUGAUAUAGAUUUGUUAUUUAUAUAUACAACUAUAUAUUUUUAUUCUGCUUUUAUCA